AGCGCCCGAAAAACACCCUAAAAUCUUCCCCCCUCGUUUUGAAAAACAAAAAUGGCGCUCGUUCCUUUUCACUCCCUCUUCUUCUUCUUCCCCACCAUCCCAUUACAAAAUCUCAUCCCCCCACUUCUCCGUCUCACACCACACUACUCUUCCCAUCUCUUCGCCCUCUCUUCCGUCCUUCAUCUUCCAGCUCUCUUCCGGACGGUGAGAGGCCGAGGCAGAAGGAGCUAGUUCAAAUGGCGGAUCAAGAGAACUGCGCUCCCCUCACUCGCGCUGCCAGGAAGAGGGCAGCGGCGGCGAUGACGACGCCAGCGGAUGCGGUACAGAAGAAGAAGAGCAGGGUGGUGCUGGGGGAGCUUCCUCAGGCUGCGAACGCUGGAGUUGUGGUGGUGGAUCUAACUUCCGGUGACCGGCCGGAGAAGCGGAAAACCAAGGCGAAGGCGAAGGCCAAGCCUAAGAAUAAGGCCGAGAAGGUUGUUGCUCCAGUUCUGGAAGAUGAAGUUCCAGCGGUGACGGUCGAAGUUGGGAUUGAGGACAGAGAUGGAAGCCCCGAUGAUCCUCAGAUGUGCCAGUAUUACGCCUCCGAUAUUUACGAGUAUCUUCACAAGUUAGAGGCUGAACCAAAGAGAAGACCACUGCCUGAUUAUAUUGAGAAGGUCCAAUCUGAAGUGACUCCAAACAUGAGAGGGAUUCUUGUGGAUUGGCUGGUGGAGGUAGCCGAAGAGUACAAGCUGUUGACUGAUACUCUCUACCUCUCCAUUGCUUACAUUGAUAGAUUCUUAUCUCUGAAUCCCAUUAGCAAGCAGCGCCUUCAGCUACUUGGUGUUUCUGCUAUGAUGAUUGCCUCAAAGUAUGAAGAGAUCACCCCUCCACAUGUGGAGGAGUUCUGCUACAUCACCGAUAAUACAUACACAAAAAAUGAGGUGUUGAAGAUGGAAGCUGACAUACUUAAGUUCUUGAACUUUGAAAUGGGUACCCCCACAGUAAAAUCAUUUCUUAGGCGAUUCAAUAGAGUUGCUCAGGAGGAUUACAAAACCGAGUCUCUCCAGCUUGAGUUCAUGGGAUUCUAUCUUGCUGAGCUGAGCUUAUUGGAUUACAAUUGUGUGAAAUUCUUGCCAUCUUUAGUUGCUGCAUCUGUUGUGUUCCUUUCAAGAUUCACACUGAAGCCAAAAGCAAAUCCCUGGAAUGCCAACUUACAAAAGUACUCUGGAUACAAGCCAGCAGAGUUGAAGGAAUGUGUGCUAAUCAUACACGACCUUUACUUGAGUCGAAGAGGAGGUGGCUUGCAAUCUGUUCGUGACAAGUAUAAGCACCAAAAGUUCAAAAAUGUAGCGGUAAUGCCAUCACCUCCAGAGAUACCCACUGCAUAUUUUGAAGAUGUGAUAGAAGUUUCCGAGUCUUGAUUUGAAGUCAGUGAAAGUGGAAAAUGGCUGCUGAGUUUUGCUUGAAAGGUGCAAGCUAACUCUGCUGUUUUAGCAAUCAGGCAUAGUUCACUGCUAGUUGGUAGAAUUUGAUUACGGAACUUCUGUAAAUAUAGUUGAGGACACAAAAUUUUGUUUAUUGUUAUUGGUUUAGGUACUGAAGUUUCCUUUUGGGCAACUAUUUUGAAUGGCAAAGAACCUUCAUUUUCCCUGAAAUCUGCUUGCUUCUGUCCAAAGAUAAGAUUACUUGUAUCUGUUGAGAGUGAAUCGAGUGGACUUAGGCGUGAUAAUGAAGCUCUUGCUGGAUGUUACUGAUUGGAUUCCCCCCAUUCCCCUCACAGGCAAUUGAUACCGAGAGCUAGCUAUAAACACAGUGUUCGGUU